AUGUCUUUGUCUACCUUUCUUAUGGAUUCAAAGCAUCACUAUCUCAAAGACGUGCAGGAAGACAAAGGACAAGGAUGGAUCGUUGCAAUGGGGAAUGAAGCAGGAGAUCUUGACUCCGUCGCUUCGUCAAUUGCGUAUUCCUGGUUUGCCUCAACAGUGCAGCAAAACCCAUGCGUCGCCCUGCUUCAAACACGGCGAGAUGAUCUCAGAUUACGUCCAGAAAAUAUAUAUGCAUUCUCGAUCAUCUCGCUUUCACCCUCUCUGGAAGAGCUUCUGUGUAUUGAUGACAUGCUCUCGUCAAUGUCCUUCCCUUCGAAUCGGUUUGCAUUGGUCGAUCACAAUCGUCUCCUUCCUCGGUUCUCUGACAAGAACGAAAGGGUCGAAGUAGUUGCGAUAUUAGAUCAUCACGAUGACGAGGGAUUGUAUAGGGACUCCGCAAACCCGCGCACCAUUAUCGUCCCGACUGGCAGUGCAUCAUCCAUAGUCGCACGUCACAUCGAACAGUCGUCCACAGAACAAAUUCUACCCGAAGUCGCGCGACUGCUGCUCUGUGCGAUUCUUGUAGACACGUCAGGUUUGAAGCCUGGCGGGAAGGCGGAGGAACUCGACCACAUGGCAGUUUCUUAUCUUCUGCCACGUUCGGAGCUCGAUGUAGUCUCAACUUUUACCCCACAUGAGAGCCUUUCAAUAGUCUCAGUACUUGCAAAGGACCUUAUAGCGAAGAAAUUCAAUGUUGGGCAGCUGUCAACAAUCGACUUACUUCGGCGAGAUUAUAAGCAAUACGCCUGGACAGAAAAUGGAAGGGCUGUGUUAGUCGGCUUGAGCACAGUCCCUAUUGACUUCCACAUAUGGCUUGUGCGGAACUCGGUUGAGGAAUUUUGGCGAGAGGUUGACAUGUUCGUGAAUGAGCGCAAACUAAAUGUGCUCGGCAUCCUCACGACAUUCCAAAAGGAGAAAAGCAAGCAUAAACGUCAGCUUCUGUUGAUCAUUCGUGAUGUGCCCGGGGGGGAAUUGGAAAGGCGGCUUUGCAUGGGCGUUGAGAACGCGUCUGAGCUUGCUCUAGAGCCUUAUGCAGUUUCCAAGUUUGUGUCGAAACUCCAGAAGGGAAAGCCUCAUACAGAUAUUCCGAAGGACGUAGGCAUUGGCAGCCGGAGAGUGUACCUGUACAAGCAGGUUAAUACAAAGGCAACGCGGAAGGUUAUUGCACCAUUAAUGAAACAGAUAAUUGAAGGACAAGCUAAAGUUGCUUAA